AUGUUCCUGAGAUUUGCAGCCUCUGGUCCUGCCGUGGAUUUGCCUCCACCUUCGAAAAAGACAACACUUUUGGGCCGAACCGAUUUGCCUGAGCCAUCACCAGCAUCAAAAACAAAGAUGAAGAGCUUGCAAGAGCCUACCAAGAAGGGCCUAGCAGAUUUUGAAAAGAAUAUGGCUUCCCAUGAAUCAUCUUUGAAGAAAGGCCUCUCCGAGUUAGACAAGGCGACAGUAGAAUUCCAAGAGCUGGCAGGAGCUGAAGCAGAAAUGAAAAGGCGAUUGAAUGCGAAAUUGGAGAGAAAGGCCAAGGCUUUGGAAGCUGCUGCGAAGCGAGGGUGCAGGAAGGCCAAAGAGAAUGCUGAGCAUGAUGAAAAUAACAAGAGUUCAGACUCAGAGGAAGCAAAUCAACGUGAAGGUGAAGAAGGUGAGGCAUGCCAUGAAGACGCAAAUGACGAUGCCAAAUCCAAUGAGGCAGAAGACAUUGAUGAUAUCAAUGAUCUUGCAAACUUCUUGGUCGACAUGUCACCGAAAGACUUGACAUCCAAUGGCGGCUUCUACAUCUAUGUGAAUGAAGGACAAGGCAUUGCGGAGCCGACCAAUGCAACAAAAGCAGGUGAGAAAACUCAACCAGCAAAUCAGGAUACUGAUGCAAAUGCAGCACAGGAGGGCACCAUAGGGGGGAAUGAUGUCAAUGAUCAGGUUAAGCCACCCAUAGUUGAGACUCCAGAAGUGCCUCCAGCCACGCAGGAGCUGAUCAAUGCAACAGAAGCAAGUGAGAAAACUCAACCACCGGGUACUGAUGCAGAUGCAGCACAGGAGAGCAACACGGGGGGCAGUGGCGGCAAUAAUCAGGUUCAGCCACCCAUUCCUGAGCCUGAGACUCCAGAAGCACAUGAGUCACAUGAGGAGCUGAGGAAGACCAAUGCAGAUGCAGCAAAGAAGAACAACAUUGGGGCCCAUGGUAACAAUGACCAGGAGACUCAGCCGCCCAUUCAUCAGCCAACACAGGAGGAGACGGAGAAAAGUACAUUGAAUGAGGAGAAACAUUUUGCGAGCAGCAGCGAUGGUGCCAAGGGUGGCAAGGAUCAGGAGACUCAGCCGCCCAAUGAAAGGACUCAAGAAACACAGGGUGAUAAGGAGAACAUCAAUUCAAAUGCAGCCAAGGAGGGCAGUGAUAACAAUGAUCAGAAGACCCAGCCUCAGCCGCCCACAACUUCAGAAACACAUGACAAGAAGGAGACGGCCGAUGUGAGAGUGGAUGAUCAAGAUGAUCAAGCUUGGCGAGAACAAGAUUACUACUCAAUGCUGAACAUACCUCAGACGGCGACGGUACAGGACGUGAAGAAAGCCUACAAGAAGGUCAGCUUGGUAGCACAUCCAGACAAAGGAGGAUCAAAUCAGCGAUUUCAACGUUUGCAAUUGGCUUUUGAAACCUUGGCCGAUGAUGCAAAGAGGAGUUUGUAUGAUGCAUCACUCCAAGCAGCGCAAUCGACUUCACAAGAGCUUGAUGAUUUCUUUGCAGGCCUGGGUAAUCCGACACGGAAUCCAAAGACUCCAAAAGCGAAGGCGAAAACAAAGGCCAAGGCGAAGGCAAAGGCCAAAGCCAAAUGCAAAGCUUCGCCAAAAAAAAAGAGUGGAACGAAGAAGGGCACAGCCGAACCUCAAACACCUGAGGAUGAGAGGGUCAAGUACUAUCAAACCAACCAGGUGGAAGUCGACGAAUUCUUCGACAAGCAUGCUGGUGCCAACAAGAGGAAUAAGAACACAGUGAAGGAUAGUGGUGCUGCAAAGCGUGCACGCAAACCACGUUCUUGA